UUUAAGAGUCGAACACGUUCACUUGGUCAGAAAGUAUUUUUGUACCCUUUACAUUAGACAUCGUACGGCUUGAAUUAUUUUGACGAAAUUUUGUAAUUUUUGUUUCUCUCUUUUCUUUUUGGCAAAAUAAUCUGUUUCAAAAACACAUUCAUUUCCUAAAACGUAUACCUACAACCAAAUAUUAUCAUGGCUGCUCCUGCUCCUGUUCGUGGUAAUAAAGCUUCCAUGCUGAGGGCUGGAAAGAAGGGACCCGCCGCAAGCAAUUCCCACUGGGCUCCAGCUUCCACGCGUUGCGAAACCUUUGCUCCCCCUCCCAUCGUAAAUCCGGGCUCGAGUUUAAACAGCCGUAGUCGCGAUAAGAUCGCUGGCAGCCGCAUUCCGAUCAGUCGACUUUCGAUGCGCCCUCCUUCGGCUGCCCAAACGCGAAACACUUCUCCAGUGCGGGGAAGUCCUUUGAAAGGAACAUCCACCGUCAGUUCCUGUUCCUUGCCCGAGAAGAAAACAGGCGCGCCAGAUCGUAAGCCUGAUGAGGAAAAGGCGCCGGCUAAGCGCCCCGUUUCCCCACAGCGAAUGAACGUUUUGGCAAAACAAAUCUUUUCUAAAUCUAGAAAAGCAGGCGCCAAGGGAGACAAGCAUCGCCGGGUCAUCGAAUUGAACAAGUUGCGCGCCUUCGAGUCGCAGAAAAAGAAACUGGAGUACAUGCAGUCGGACUUUAUGCACAAGCUGCGCACCCUGGGUCCCCAAUUUCCAGGGAACACUGCCUACAAGUUUGUGGCAGUCGUGGUUAAUGACGAGUGCAAGGUCGUGGUCCACGAUGACGAUCUGCUUAGACUGCCCAAGAAUCUGCCUACUGCGAGUAUCAAUGACUUGAAACAUCGUUGUCGUGGCAUCGUCGAUCUGGGUUUUAUGCUCUUUUACGACUACCUGCCGUUCAUUCAGAGGUCUAGGAAUGAGUUCGAGGCUCGUGAUAAACGCGAGGAGAUUCGAAACAAGUUAGGAUCCUUAGUGAACCGAAAAAUGGCUUCUGUUGUCGAGGAGAUCGACCAUUUGUGUGGUCCAGGCUCUAGUAGACCCGAUCUCUGCAAUAUCCAGCUCUAUCGCGAGAUGGCGGAUCUGCGAUUGCAGAAGCAGCACAUGGAGGGUCGCUACUUCGAUGUCAAGAAGGAACACCUUGACGAAAUGAACAAAUUGAGGUCUGAGUACGAGGUAAAGAUGGCCGCACAGCUGGCCAAUCGCGACCAGACCAUCAGUGAUUUAAGGAAGAACCUUCGACGUAGCGAGGAGCUGGUCAACGAGCAAACCAUUCGCCUGGCGGAGAAGACUAAAACGCUGGUAACCGAGGAUGGAACUCUCGAGGAAUUGCGUGCCGAGAUGGCAAAGGUUAAGUUGGCCAACCAACGGAUGCUACAACGCCUGGAGGAGGCGGAUGUUGGCCUUGAACGGGCCCGCAGUUCCGUCGAUAAGCAUAUCGCACAGAUAACCUAUUUGGAGGGCGAACUCAAGGAGGCCCGCGAGCUGAUCGUCAAUUUGCAGAAGCGUCCGGAUUGCAUGGACAAGGGCAUUGUGGAGAAGGACCUGAUCAUUGCUGAUCUGAAGCUGCAGCUACAGAAUCUUGAGCAGCACAAGAAUGUGCUUAACAAGCAGGUGGUCAAUGCCUUGAAACAUCAUACCGACUUUGAGGAGCUCAAUGGGAAAUAUAAGGACGCCGUGGUGCAGAUAAGCGAUCUAAAGGAGUCCCUGAAGAUCACAACAACCAAAUCCGAGUUCCACUCCAAGGCCGAGGAGCAGUUACGCAAGGAGAUAGCCAAGAUGCGGGAGCAAAUGGCUCUUGAUCAGCAGAUGCUCACCGCUCGCAGCGAGCUGAUAAACAACCUGCAGAAGACCGAGCAGGAGAACCGCACCAAACUGGAUCAAAUGUACUAUCAAGUUAGCGAGAAAGACACGCUGAUCACUCAGGUAAACAACGAGCUGGCCUCGAAGGAGGAGGAGUUCCGCAAUCUCUUCGGGACCCUGACAUCUAAACAAGCGGAGGUGAGGAGGCAGGAUCAUGUCAUCCAGCUGCUGAAGGAGCAACAUUCGCGGGUUUCCUUUGUGCGAGCCGGUCAGGACGAACGGAAUGCCGCGUUGGAUAAAGAAAUCAAAGAUCUCAAAAACACCCUUCGUGAUUAUGCCAGAGUUAUUAUUGGCAAUAAUGGUCAACCAUUUUUUGAAGUUGUGCCAGCUGGCGAAAGCAGGUGCAGUGGCCACCAAGAUCGAGAGGAGACUCCCAUGGGAAAUGACAGAAACUGCGAGUUACUGCAGAGAUUACUGUCCCAUCAGAACCAGUCCAAUCCGCAAGAGCAGGAAAUGUCUCAGCCACAUGGUAGAUUCUUUGAGCCACUGCAUCACAACCUGAUGCCCCAUGGAUCACGAAAUCUCAGCCCCCAUCGAUCUUCACCCAGGCAAUCGCCCCGCUCGCGCUAUCAACUGCAACACCCACGUAACCAACAUCAAAGUCCUAGCAAUGAUCUGAAUCCCUCGCCUCCCGAGUCUAGCGGACACCAGCGAUCUCGAGACCAGCAUUAGAACUAAUAAGAUACCUUUCAAAUUCCCAACAUUACUCAAAUGGAGAUCACACAAGCAUGGAAAUUCUUCAGAUAGACACGCAAAAUUUAUUGUAAUCUUUGGCCAAAGGCAUUAUAUUUUUGUACCCAUGAGUAAUAAGUAA